AACCAAAGUAUUAAAAUCGUAUAUUUAUAUCGAGAGAAUAAAAAAAUAUUACGCAAAAAUAACAUGGAUUUUUCUCGAUAAUCGUCCACAAAAUGUUUUGACAAGCAAUCAAAGAUGGAGGAAGAAUACAAGCGCAUUUUAGACCGCCAUCGGGACAAAUUUAGGCAAGCUGUGAACAUAGAAAGAUUGAGUUCGUCUUUACUGAUAAGUCAUAUCCUUAGCGAAGCAGAUUGGCAAAUUAUUGAAGCAGAAAUCGGCAGCCAACGAGUCGAUCGGCUUUUAGAUGUCCUCAAAACGAAAGGAUAUGACAAGUUUAAACGGUUUUGUGUAAUUUUGGAGACCACGUAUCCGUAUAUGUUGAAUUGUAUGUUUUUGGGAAUGGAUCCCCCAAAAGACUUGUACUCAGGUCGUAUUUCUAAAGCCAAGUCAAAGCUUUCAGACAGGGAUAAAGAAGGUGGACAAGGUCCAAAGCAGGGGAAUGUGCAUCGCAGUGUGAGCAUGAUAGAACAUGACUCUUGCAAAGAGACAACCUCCUUGAAAACCGAACUUCGAGUUAUCCAGAGAAAAUAUGAUGGUGUUGUUAAGAAAUUGAAGAAGAUGCAACAGGAACGAGGAGAGAAGAUGACAAACGUUGAUGACAACUCCAAGGAUGAUGAUGAUGAUGGCAAAAGGAUUGUGACUGAAGAGAAAGAAAGAGAAUGUGAACUCAUUAAACAAAAAUAUGAAGAUGUUGUGAAAGAGAAUGAAGUCCAUCGGAAACAGGCCGAAGAAUUGGCAGCGAAAUGCAACAGCCAGUUGUUGGAAUCGGAGCAUUUUCGGAACCUUCACUUGGUCGGAAUGAACAAGUGUGACCAGCUCGUGAGAGAAGCUCAAAUGUUGAAUCAGAAUCUAAACGCGAGCGAAAAAGAACGUGAAAAGUUAAAACAGGACUACGAGGAAAUUAUCCUUUUGAGAGAACAAGAAAAGAAGGAGAUAAAUGAGUUGAGAGGCAAACGAGCUUUGAUUUGGAACUCGGAAACUCACGGCGACGAAAAUACGGAUAACUUGAAGAUGAUGAACGAGAAAUUGGCCAUGGAGUUUCAAGUGAAUUUGGAAAAGGGCGAACGUCUCGAAGAGAUGUAUAACGAAUUGAGAAAGCAGUUCUCCGAGGUGAAUAAGGAGCUAGAGAGUUCGGAAAACGAGCGUGCAUAUUUAAGACAGCAAUAUGCAGUAACGAAACGUAAUUUGGAGAAAUGUAUGCAAGAAAACGAGGUGAUUUUAGGACGUAUUCAUCAAGCAGAACAGCAUCGAGACGCUGCUGUAAAAGAGACAGAUCAAGCGCUUGCUUUACAGUUGAAAGCGACGCGGGAACUCACAAAACUCAAGGAGGAACGAAAUAGCGCGCUAAGUGAAUAUAGACUGGUGAUGAGUGAGCGAGAUAGCGUCCACAAGGAAAUGGAUAAGCUUCAGGAAGACCUUGUCAAGGCCCAAGAGGAUGCCGGGAAGCAGAAAGAGGAAACGGAGAGACUGGGACAAGCGAAUGAAAUAACGAAUCGUGACUUAGGCAUCGUUCGCAAUGAAAGAGAUAAGGCGAUUAUGGAGUCGUGCAUGGUUAAAAAACGGAUGAAGGAAUUGAUGACGGACAUGGAGAAGGUCACGAAAGAUCGCGAGAAGGUCCGAGAAGAUUGCGACAUGUUCCGAGAGGAACGCGACGCCGCCCGACGUGAACGACACGAGGCGAUCAUUCACCGCGAUAAAAUCUUGCGAGAAUGUUUUGAGGCGAAGCAACGGAAUGACUCGUUCAAUGGCGACAGUAAAGAUGGAGAGACGCUUAGAAAACAGUUUGAUGCUUUGUCGAAAGAGUUGGCUAACGCGCUUAGCGAAGCAGAGGUAUCUAAGAAAAGACGUGAUUGGUCCUUUAGCGAAAGAGAUAAAAUGGUCAAGGAACGGGAUGCAGCGAAAGCGGCGUGUGAUGUCCUCAGGCAGGAACGUGAUCGCGCCGUGAGCGACCUCGCAGCGUUGCUAAGGGAUACGGACCAGAUAAGACGUGAGCAAAGCAGGUCGAUGGAGGAGUUAAAAACCCUCAGGGAGAAGAUUAAAUUGAGGCUGGACACCAACGACCGCGCGGAGAUUGUAACGAGUAUGGACUCCGCCAUUGAUACGGAUUCUUGCCCGGAUUGGGAGACCGAAACAGUAGCUUUGAAAAAGAGAAACGCAAAAGAAAAGCCUGGAUUUGAUUUGGCCGCCAGUAAAUCCAGCAUCAUCGUCACAAACGUUGUCAAAGGCAGUAUGGCCGAUGGGAAGUUAAGGGUAAAUGAUUGUUUAGUGCGAGUUAACAACGUUGAUGUAUCGACCUUGAAAUUUGAUAAAGCCAUCGAAGCUAUUAAUGAUGAGGAAAGUUUGAAUAUUACUGUAAAAAGGAAGAAAUUACUAAGUGAAUAUGGACGGUAUUCAUCUCCGAUUCAUCUAAAUGUUCCCCACGGAAAAGAACUGGGAAUUCUCGUCGAUAACAACAAGAUUGUCAGUUGGAUAAAGCCAGGAAGUGUUGCAGACUUUGAACAACGAUUAACUGUUGGUGAUAAGAUUGUUACCGUCAACGGUACCGUAGUAGCGUCUUUAUCACAGGCUGAAACGGAAGAUUUGCUCAGUUCAAGUAUUUUGAUUAUUGAAGUGCAAAGACCGCUUACAUCACCCCGCGUCAGUCCGUUAGAAUCUCUCCUCGGUGAGGUCGAUGAUAAGAUCAUAGAUAUCUCGAAUAUUCGUCAGAAGGCAGAAUUCAAAGAAGCGAUGCUAGCCGACAGUCUGUCUGCCAUUCAGGGAUCGGAAAAGAUCGGAACAAGCGAUAUAUCUAGCGCUUUGCAGUCGGAAAUCGACGACAUCGCUUCGCAAAACGAUAACUUGUCGAUAUUCGUACCAAAUACGGCAAUAAAUACGUCGCCAUCACUAACACCGCUGUACGAAGAUAAAGAGCGCACGACGGGCACGCAAACGGGCGGCCCCGAGCUCGCAACGAUGUCCUUCGGCGCUUCCUCGACUCACGCAAGGCGUCGAAUGGUGCCCAGUACCUUAGAAUCUAACACGGAUGAUCACGUGUCAUCGUUGGAUCGUGGAAUGCGGAUUUCUUCUGCGAAAAAGAAGGCGACGCGUCCAAAAUCAGCACCAGUCGUUCGACCUGAUACGUUGGAAAUGUUUAUGGACAAAAAUCGUCAUCAUUCAGGUGAUACAACGUUACCCCGUCGUAACCUGGUUCAUCCUCCUAUAUCCCCAUCCGACCCGUUUUCGUUGACGGAUCGAGGGAAUCACUUGUCAGGCAGACCUCAAGCUCUUUCCCCCCCGGCUUUCAACUCGCGAAAUGUCCCUUACUUUGCUACGUCACGAAAUGUUCCUUACUUUGCUACGUACACCAGGGGGGUGCAACCGACCUCGUCGAUGACCAGCAACAACCAAUCACAUUUAUCGCUACCGGAGGACGCCGACACGGAACGAUCUGCUCCCGACAUGCGUUUUAGAACUUGGACGGAACCGCAGAGAAAUCUUCGGAGCCACGACGUCAGGAGCACAAUGAGCGCAACACCACAAACUUUACCGAAAUCCUCAAAGAAUCGCUCGAGUCUGCCACAACGGCAUCGCCACAAAUCGUCGUCGUCUCAUAACCAGUCUUACAACACGAUUGACACUCACUCGACUGUUUCCAGUCACUCCAGUUGUGGCCCAAGCUCAGUCGGUUCAUCGUCAGGACGUAAUACCCCCCAUCAUAUCGGAGGAGCCUCGACACCAACCUUCGGCCGUGAUAUUAUCCACAUCAAUCAACAACAAUCAGACCCAGGCGAUAAGAAUGCGGAGAAAGUACGGAAGCUACACAUUGAGAAGAGUUCCUAUCCUCUCGGGAUACAAAUCUCCCAGGGUAGUUCCGGUGGUAUAUUUGUCACGACCGUCACAGAAGGCAGCAUCGCACAGAAAGCUGGUUUGCAAUAUGGCGACCAAAUUUUGGAGUUCAACGGCAUCAACUUCCGUUCUGCAACCUACGGACAGGCUGCUAUUAUACUUAGUCAAGCCGAGGGCAGCGUUCGUCUUAUGGUCCAGUACAACCCGCAAAAACUCAAGGAGAACGUAAUUGAUAAUAUGGCAAGUCAAAAUUCCUCGCAAGCAAGCAUCCCCCCAGUUGGAGACAGUGACAUAACCCCUCCUGUUCCACGCAGAUUUGUCCCGACGAACGAUGUCGAAGCCCCGAGCGAGCCACGAUACAUCACGACGGGUCAAACAGUUCAGGGGCUUGGGCUGAAUAUUUUAGGCGGGAAUGCCACAGGAAUAUUCGUGUGUGAUGUGAAGACGCCCGGAUAUGAUUUGGGUAUUCGGGUUGGUGACCAAAUUCUCGAGUUCAAUGGCUUUGAUUUUACGGCCGUAACUCUGGAGCAUGCAACGUUGGAGCUUUGUAAACCAUCAGAGAAGAUAACGAUGAGAGCUCAGUACAAUCCCGCAAAGUAUAAUGUGAUCAAAGAUCAUCCGGGCGAUUCGCUUUACGUGCGAGCGAUGUUCGACAAUCCAGCUACUCACAAGGAUCAGUUAUCGUUCAAGAAAGACGACAUACUCUACAUUACAGACACGUUGUACAAUGGUCACGUGGGCAAUUGGAAAGCCUGGGUUGUUAACAAAGAAGACGCUCAACAACGAGAGUGUGGAAUGAUUCCCAGCCGAAUGAAAGCCGAUCAGAUCGUUCUGCUUCGGCUGAGUGUCGCCCAGGGAGAUCCUGAACACAAUAAGCUCGCUGGCAGACGUAGCUUCUUCAGACGAAGUAAAAAAGGAAGUCACAGCUAUACCGUCAGCCACUCCAGGGAAAGCAGCGACACGAGUGUUUCCACUUUCACAGAACUUGGUGUUGCCUCCUACCAGAACGUCGAAAGACUAGACACACACCAUCCGCGUCCAGUGAUAAUAUUGGGUCCUUUGGCGGAUGUCGUCAGCAAAAAAUUGGCCACAGGAGCUCCGUACAAGUUCACACUUUGUCACAAUCAGCUUGUGUCAUCCUCGGAGAUGGAAAUUAAAAAAGGUGUUUCGGAAGGAGCUUAUCUCGACUAUGUCUUCAAGGAUGGCCAGUUUUACGUCACGUUAAUGUCAGCUGUCAGAGAAGAUUUGGAUAAGGUGAAACACAGUAUCCUUGAAGUCUCUCCGUUGGCUAUCGAGAAACUUCGUUCACAGCGAAUCUAUCCUAUCGUUUUGUUCCUGAAGUUCAAAUCUGCAAAACACAUCAAGGAACAAAGAGAUGCGAAACAUUUACAACAGAAAGUUUCGACUAAAGAUGCAAGAGCCAUGUACGAGAACUCAGUGAGAAUGGAGCAUGAAUUUAGAUCAGAGUUCACUGCGGUCAUUCCUGGAUCAAAUAUCAACGCAUUUUUCUCGCAAAUUCAAGAUAUUGUCGAUGAACAACAGAAGAAAACUCUGUGGAUUCCAAUACCGUCAAAUUGACAAAAAUGUGUCGACAAUUUUUCUGUUCACAGGCCAGUGUGCACAACAUUGUUACUUAGCGUCUGAAACGAGGAAAAAUUGUUAGCUGGCUUCUGCCUGAAGAUAUACAAACCAGAAAACAUUGUUUCUUAGCCUUAUUUCCUGAAGGUAGACAAACCAAGAAACAUUAUUUCCUCGUCUUGUUUUAUGAAGAUGGACAAACCAAGAAAUAUUGUUUCCUAGCUGUGUUUCCUAAAGAUGGACAAACCAGGACACGUUGUUUCCUAGCCAUGUUUUAUGAAGAUGAACAAACUAUUCAUGCUUUUAGCGUGCGUCCUUUUUUUCUAAAAUUUUGUCAAUACGAAAUAAUUAUUUAUGUACAUAGUUUCGUGCGAGGUUUAGUGCUUUAUCAUGUAAUGAUUUCCGUAGAGUAAGUGUGUUUUCCAAUGACAGAUAUAAAAAAUAUUUUCUCUAUGCAGUAUGGAUUGAAAAAU